UUCUGAUGUCUUUUUCUUUUCAGUUUUAUUUCAUGUUCAGAAACCCAUUAGACGAAACUAAGAACGGAUUCUUGGUGGGUUUUUGUUCUUUUUCUUGAAUAAGUUGAAAUGGAUGAAGGGAGUGGAAGAUCAGCAGCAGAUAUUGAGGAGUGGAUGAAAGAACUCUUGCCCGAUCAUGAUGAUGUUGCUGGGGAUAUUGUUGGAAUGGGAAGAGGAGGAGUUGCUUUGGCGUCGUCGAGCGUGAUUAGUUCUAAUCAACAACAUAACACCACAAACUUGGGGGAGAACUAUCAAGUUGCUGCUAUGAAUUCAAAUAUUAAUCCCGGCUUGUGGCAGCAUUCACAGAGUACUUCUGAUAGCCAUAAUAGUUCAGUCAGACAAAGUAUGGCGAGUAGUUUCCCACCGUUGUUUGAAGAGUUCUCUCAGACUCGGACUUCAGGUACGUAUUUCUUUCGUCUUGCAAUGUCCUUGAGCUCUGUUACUGAGGCAGACAUAGCAUCUAAUCUCAAUUCGUACUGA